AUGGAGGUCCAAAUAAUUUCCCAGGAGUACAUCAAGCCCUCUUCCCCAACACAUCCACACUUGAACGCUUACAAAUUUUCUCUCUUGGAUCACUUAAUGCCUCCAAUUUAUGUUCCCAUGAUCUUGUUCUAUCCUCCUGUUUCACCUCCCAUUUCUACUAGCAGUGAAAGAUCACAAGCACUCAAACAAUCUCUCUCGGAAACCCUGACUCGCUUUUACCCGCUUGCAGGAAGAAUCAGAAGCAAUCUUUGCAUAGAUUGCAACGAUGAAGGAGCUUGUUACAUAGAGGCUAAAGAUGAGUCACAUGACCUCUCGGAGUUUCUGCAGCAUCCUGAUUUGUCACUACUCCCAAAGCUUCUUCCACCUUUAGACAGUAUGCUUGAUCACAGUGGUCAACUUAAAAAUGCCACAACCGCCCCCGGAGGAGGAGCUGUUGUAGUCAUGAUACAAGUAACCAACUUCGCCUGUGGCGGCUUUGUGAUCGGAGUGUAUGUUUCUCACAUGAUUGUUGAUGGUGUUGGCAUCAGCACCUUUCUCAAAGCUUGGGCUGCAGCCACAGCACAGAGUCAAUCAGGUACUGAUCAGUGUAUUCAUGUGUUGCCUAGUUUUGAUGGUGCAGCAUUGUUCCCUCCGAUUCUUGAUGAACAAGGAAAGUUUGCACACCCAACAGAAGCAACUAUGAGGGGCUUGUACAGGCGUUUUGCCAAGAAAGGAAGGUGUGUUAAUAAGAGAUUUGUAUUUGAGGCCUCAGCUGUGGCCAAACUUAAAGAGCUAGCAGCAACAUCAUCAUUACAGAAUCCAAGUCGGGUGGAGGCAGUUUCGGCAUUCAUCUGGAAAUGCGCCAGAUCUGCUUGGAAGGCCAAGUCUGGUCGAUCUGCACCAAGUUUGAUAACACACGCAGUGAAUUUGCGCCGAAGAGCUGACCCGAAUCUUCCACAAAAUAGUAUGGGGAAUUUUGUUUGUUUGACAGGUGCAAUAGCAAAUGAAUGUCACGGAGAAGAGGAGUUAGAGUUGUCAAGCUUGGUGAGCAAGAUGAGGGAAGCAACAUCGAAAGUCAAUGGUGACUUGGUGGCGAAGCUACAAGGCCAGGGCAGGUUGGAGACUUUGAGUAAGGUUUCCUAG